AUGUCAUGUUUUGGAAUCUGCCUUCAUGAAAUAAAAGAAACAUCAUGCUUGGAUUAUGCAUAUUGUACGAAUGAUGUUGAUGUACAAUAUGUAGACCCUUACUCUUCUAUUUGGCACCACUGCAAUGGUAUCCAAAAGUAUAAUCCAAGUUAUGGUACAAUAAACUAUAUGCCCAUGAAAGUCACAUUAAAAUUGGACAGGGCGUACGAUAAACUCCCUUAUUUCGCAGGAUAUAACAAUUUCAAUCUUGGCGAUCUUGUUAAAUAUCUUGAUGUUAGCAACAAUCGGUUAAUCCAGUUUCCUACUUUAGCGUCUAUGCCAAUUUUGAAUAUAUUGAACGUAUCUAACAAUGCCCUGAUUGAUGCGAAACUGAGUGCUGAACUUCGAUUCCCCGCUUUAGAAGAACUUGACGUAUCUCAUAACCGUAUAGAGGAUAUUAGAAUGAGUGACAUGGAAUUUCCAUUCGCAAAUUUGAAAAAACUAAAUAUUUCAUAUAACAACGUUGUAAGCUUAAGAGAUGCCCUGUUUAGUGAACUAAAUGAAUUGCAAUAUUUAGAUUUGUCACACAACUCUUUAAUAUCGCUGAAUGCUGUUACAUUUGAGGGGCUUAAAAAUAUAAUACAUUUAAAUUUAGGACACAAUAAGCUACAAGAAAUAAACUCAUCUUUGUUCAGAUUUGCUAAAAUGCAAUACGUGUAUCUAAAUAAUAACGAAAUACAUAGUAUCAAAUUUAAUGACUUCAACACAAUGACUCACCUUCGAGAAUUAGAUUUGAGUUACAAUUUAAUAUCUUCGAUUGAAUCAAAUGCGUUUCAAAAUAUGCUCGAAGUAACAAGCAUAAAUUUAAAGCAUAACAUGUUAUCAAUGUUAGAUACUAACAUUUUUAUAAAUACUAAAUUAUUGCAAGGCAUUGAUUUAUCGUCCAAUCAGAUUGUUUCACUUUCGGAGGGCACUUUUAAUGGUAAAAAUAUAUCGAUAUUCGAUAUACGUCAAAAUAAUUUACAGGGUGCUCUAAUGAAAGGUACAUUUGAAGGAUUGUACGGAGUCCCAGAAUUAGAUAUCAGUUACCAAACAUUGACUUCCCUGGAAGACUAUGCAUUUAAAGGCCUGCAAAGUUUAGAGGUGCUAUUACUCAACAAUAAUCUUAUCAAAAAUAUAUCACAGAAAUCAUUUAAGUCUUUAGAGAGUUUGACACGAUUAGACAUUUCAAACAACGAAAUCACCGUAUUAGAUUUUGAUAUGAGUGAUCUUGUACGGCUCAAUUUUUUAUCAAUUAAAAAUAAUAGAAUAAAGUCCAUAUCUCUGACGUUUUUUGCCAGGACCGCAGCUUUAGAUUUUUUGGAUAUUUCAAAUAAUAACAUUACUAAAAUAGAGCCCCACUCGUUAGCGGGUUUAAACCAGCUACAAAAUUUUGUUUUCUAUAACAAUUCUUUAGCCGGAGUUUUAGAUGAUUAUACAUUUGAAGGAUUAAGUGCGUUAUCGAUUCUUGAUAUAUCGAACACAUAUAUAACGACGAUAAAAAAUAACUCCUUUAACCAAAUGCAUGACCUGCACACUCUCAAUAUUUCUCACAGCGCAAUUGAGGAUAUAAGUUUUAAUAGCUUCGUAGACACUGGAAAAAUCGAUAUUCUUGAUCUUUCAUAUAACUACCUUAAAACGUUUAAGAUAAACACGACAAGUCUAAAUAGCUUGCGAACUCUUUACCUAAGUCAUAAUCUUAUCGAAGUGCUUGCGCCUAUUGCAGGAUUGGACUUCUUAAAUUGUAUUAAUUUGUCCUUCAACAAGUUAAAGUCACUGAAAGAUAACGAGUUUAGUACUCUUAAACAAUUGUCAUAUGUAGAUAUAUCAUUUAACGCACAUUUGAAGUUAAAUACUACACUUAUAAAGAACGCGGAAAAUUUAAAAACACUUUUUAUUUCCGGUAUAGAAAAUGAUAACACACAAUUCGAUGGCACGUCUGCUUUUCAAAUAACUGAUUUGGAUAUGUCGAAAUCAAAUAUUACUAAUAUAACUGCCAUUGGAGUUAAGUAUUGUUAUGAACUACAGUCACUGGUGCUAAACAAUAAUGAGGUCGGCAAAUUAGAAGUAGGAGCGUUUGACAAUCUUACGAAGCUGAUGUCUUUGGAAAUAAGUUACAAUAAUAUAACGUUUGUGCAACCAGGAGUAUUCACUGACAAUUAUCAUUUGGAGUACUUAAAUAUAUCGCACAAUCGGCUUUCUUUCCUAAGCUACGGAGUAUUCCGAGGUCUCAUACAUUUGACAACUUUGGAUAUUUCAUACAACGAAUUAAAAAACAUACAAAGUGAUAGGCUUUACGGCGUCCAAAAUCUUCGUUCUCUCAUUGUAGACUUUAAUAAGAUUAGCAGAAUAACUUCUGAAGACUUUUCUCUCGAACUUUCCAUUCUCAGUAUUGGAGGUAAUCCACUUCCUUGUAAUGAUUUAGUAAACCUGAAAAGUAAGUAUAAAGGUACAAAUAUAACAUCCAUAGCCUUAGGAGAUAAUAGCAAAGAAAAUAUUGACGGUAUUUCAUGCCACGGUCGCAUCGAACGUAAACGGGCAGAAACACACGAAUCUGUUAAUGCAAAUAUAGAUAUUCUAAGUGAUAUUAAGGACGUUUUAAUAAAUAUUUCAAAUAAAUCGAUCAAUAAUGACAACACUGUCUACACUGGUGUGGACGACUCAAAAUUUGACAAUUUAAUUAACUAUUUUAAUAAAAGCAAUAAUAUAUUUCAAAAUACUCUACAAGAGUUUAAUAAAACGAUCGAAAUGAUGAUCGAUCUUGUCAAUGAUACAAAAUAUACCCACGAUACCUCUAACAAUAACAAUGUAACCAAUAUUUUACUAGAGAGAAUAUUAAAAAUGAUUGUUGCGAAGAAGACCAGUGUCGACGCAACGGUGAAUAUAAAUGGAACAAAUGGAAAUGUCUUACCGCUCAUCUCUAAGAUAAGGGAAGAAUUUGAAAAUUCUUUGAUCAUUGAAAAGGAGAAUAUACUAGCUGAUGUUAAUGAGAAAAUAGCGUCUAUGAAAAGAAUGUUAGAAAACGUACCAACAUCGAAGUUAUUAACCGAACAGAAUACAACGAAUCCCGAAAUUGUAAAACAAAACUCCAGGCUUCUCUUCACUGAGAUUUGUAUAACCAUAAUUUUAAUAAUGCUGAUCUGUUGUAUAGUAUAUAAGAUAUACGACCGUAUUAUAUUGACGCCGCGCCGGAGGUCUUAUAGUACACAACACAUCGCUGUUUUAGACAAUUCUAAUUUAUAA